CAGUACAACUAAGCCCAACCCAAGUGAAAGAGCGCAGGCCCAUACCCAAUCUCACCGAAGUCUCUGAGCGAUCGUCUUUCUCUUACCUGCACGAACACCAUCGCUCUGGAACUCUGUUCCGAAGAACAAAAAUCCCAACCUUUGCUUCAAUGGCGCAGAUUCCAAAUUUAGACAAUGCUCCGCUUAAUCUCACAGCCCUCAGGGAACAAUCACAAAAGGAGCUUGUUAACAUUCUCAAGAAUAUUCGUGGAAAGAAGUGUUUGGUUAUCGAUCAGAAGCUUGGUGGUUCUAUCUCAUUGAUUAUCCAAACUUCACUUCUCAAGGAACAUGGGGUUGAAUUGCGUUAUCUUUCAGCUGAUCCUAUUCAAACUGACUCCACUAAAGUGGUUUACCUUGUUCGAUCACAGCUUAAUUUGAUGAAAUUCAUUAGUUCACAUGUUCACAAUGACAUAGCUAAAGGUCUUCAGAGGGAAUAUUAUGUGUAUUUUGUGCCUCGUCGUUCAGUUGGCUGUGAGAAGAUCCUUGAAGAGGAGAAAGUUCACCAUUUGCUGACUAUAGGAGAGUAUCCAUUGUACACGCUUCCUCUGGAUGAGGAUGUUUUAUCAUUUGAACUGGAUCUUGCUUAUAAAGAAUGCCAUGUUGAUGGUGAUACAAGCUCCCUUUGGCAUAUUGCAAAAGGCAUUCACAAGCUUGAGUCUUCUUUUGGUGUCAUACCUAAUGUGAGGGCUAAAGGCAAAUCAUCAGUACGUGUUUCCGAGAUUCUACAGCGCAUGCAAGAAGAGGAACCCGUUAGUUCGCCUGAUAUGGCUGUUCCAGAGAUAAAUACCCUUAUUCUGCUAGAUAGGGAGGUGGACAUGGUGACUCCUAUGUGCUCUCAAUUAACAUAUGAGGGGCUUUUAGAUGAGAUUUUGCAUAUAAAUAAUGGUGCUGUGGAACUUGAAGCAUCUAUCAUGGGUACCCAACAAGAGGGAAAGAAGAUCAAAGUUCCACUUAAUUCAAGCGACAAGCUCUUUAAGGAGAUACGGGAUCUGAACUUUGAAGUUGUUGUCCAGAUUCUGCGUCAAAAAGCAACAUCCAUGAAGCAGGACUACACAGAAAUGACAACCACUAACCAGUCUGUUUCUGAAUUGAAGGACUUCGUCAAAAAACUGAACUCUUUGCCAGAGAUGACUAGACACAUAAAUCUUGCUCAGCACCUGUCAACUUUCACCUCAAAGCCAUCAUUCUUGGGGCAACUUGACAUGGAACACACACUUGUUGAGGGUCAGAGUUACGACAUAUGUCUUGAGUAUAUUGAAGAAAUGAUCCAUAAGCAAGAACCACUGAUAAAUGUCCUCCGCCUUCUCAUCUUAUUUUCUGUAACAAAUUCAGGGCUGCCUAAGAAGCAUUUUGACUAUUUGAGGAGAGAGCUCCUCCACAGUUAUGGAUUUGAGCACAUGGGCACAUUAAAUAACUUGGAGAAAGCUGGAUUGUUUAAAAAGCAGGAGGCCAAAAGCAACUGGCAGACAAUAAAACGUGCUCUACAACUUGUCGUUGAAGAUACCGACACAGCCAACCCCAACGAUAUUGCCUAUGUAUUUUCUGGGUAUGCACCUCUUAGUAUUCGGCUUGUACAACAUGCUGUUCGGUCUGGAUGGCGUCCUAUAGAUGAAAUCUUGAAGCUGUUGCCUGGACCUCAUUCAGAAGCGAAGAGGGGUAGAUUCUCAGGUAGUUCAUCAUUUGACAAUCUGCAAGGUGCUUCAGCUAGCACGGAUAACAGAGUGGCUGAUGGAAGGCGCUCCCUCGUACUUGUAGUCUUCAUCGGAGGAGUGACAUUUGCGGAGAUCUCUGCUCUUCGAUUUCUCAGUUCUCAGGAAGGGAUGGCAUACGAUUUGAUUAUCGGUACAACGAAGCUUGUCAGUGGCCACUCCUUGACCGAAGCAUUUGUUGAGAAGUUGGGUUAACUUGUAAGUAAAAUCCUUUUUGUUAAGAGAAGCUGAAUACUGGCCACUGCUGAAGGACUUCAAGUCUCUGUAACAAUGAUGCUUAAUUUAUUUUCUUUACGUAAGGUUAACUCCAAUUUAGUAGUGCAUAAAUAUUUCUAAUAGUUGGGGAACAAAUCUUAGCCAUUGAGGGCAUCUCUUGUUGGAUUGGACAAAUGGGUUUAGUCAAGUUUUGAAGUGGAAUUUUUUGCAGAAGAAGUCAAGAUUGAAAAUAAGGGCUAGAGCUUGUGGGGAGCUGCUUCCACUAGCUUUACUUGGAAAAAAAUGUUGGUGUAUUAUUUAUUCUCUUGGAGGGAUUUGUGUGUGUGGGGUCCUUGGGUUUAUUGUUGACAUAAAUCAGACUAUUGAUGGUUGUGGCAAUUCUAAUUCUAAGUUAUUAAGAUUGAUUGCGUACCACUUUGGUACUGACUCAUGUUUUGAACCCUUUAUUUAUAAGUGUGCAAAAAAUGUUAACAAGUUGAA